AUGAAUAAGGAAGACAGCAAACGAGAAUUGACUGAUCAAGAACUUGAUGCACUUAAAGCCAGUUCAUACAUGACCGAAGAAGAAAUCCGCGGAUGUUACGAACAUUUCGUAAAUUCAGAUGAUGGCGACGGCAAAUUGACAAAGGACGAAUUUCAUAAUUUUGCUAAAAAAGUAUUCAAAAAUAAAAACAUCGAUCGAGCUAAAACUGACGAAAUAUUUAGUACAUUUGAUACAAAUAAUGAUGGAAUGGUAACUUUCCGUGAGUUUAUUUUGGUAGCCAUUGCAAUCAGCAAUGACGACUUGAAUGUUAUGUUGACCCAUGCAUUUCACAUGUUGGAUACAUCAGGUGAUGGAUUUCUUACGUUGGAUGAAUUUAAGGAUUUUAUGAAAAAAAUACUCUAUAUCCGAAUGGGUCCAGAAAUGGUAAGACAAGUCGA